GCUUAGCUUUUUUAUUAAUAUUUUUUAUUACAUAUUUUCCUCAAUUACAUUUCCAGUGCUAUCCCCAAAGUCCCCCAUACCCUUCCCCCCACUUCCCUACCCACUCAUUCCCAUUUUUUUUUAAGUAGGUAUUUCUAAUCACAGGAAAGCACCAAAGUAGGAAUGGGAACUUGACACUGACAGCCCUUGACCUUUAGCUCAUCUAACUUUAAAAAUACAGUUCAUAUUCCAAUAGGUAUACCUAAUUUAAUAUGUAUUUCCCUUGGACCUUUAUUUUCGUGUUGCUUAAGUCAAUGUGAGAAAUAUCGUAAGAAUCGCGUUCUAAUGGAAGCAGCUUCAAUCCCCAUAGUCUCUACAGUUCUUCGGCAUCAACCUUCCCUGCUUAGUUUAAUAUGUAUAACCCGGGUUUGUGAAAAGACAGGUUCCCAGGCGAGCCUCUGAGAACUCACACCCUUGUUACUCCAGCUUUAGGGAUUUUACAAGGUAAGGUUGAUACAAUGGUAGCCAACUGCUACUGCUACAGUAGAAUGUUUUCAUGUCCGCUUUAAAAAUGUGGACUAUCCAAAGCAUUCAAGGACCAAGCUUAGUCAAACAAUCCAAAUAAACUGCCUUUGAAAUAAGAUCUUCUGCCUACAUGAAGGGCAAAGUUACUUACCUUUGAAACUAGGAACAGGAGAUAAAACAAUAAAGAAUGUGGGAAGCCACUCUCAGCGAUUUUUUUAAAAAGCAUAUUGGCAUUAACUCUUGGUGCCAUGCCUUGUGUAGAGGAUUGAAAUAGUGAGUUGGAUUUAUCACCCUUGAAUCGUCUUGAAAGUUUCUAUAUGACUAAGAGAGUUGUGGGCUGCAACAAAGGAAGAGGAAUUUGAGAUCCAAGAGGACAGAGACAUCAAGUACACUCACACAAAAACAAAAAAGGCAAGGUGUUCUUUCUCACCUGGUCUAAGAGAUUUAGAAUUUUACUCCAAGAAAAGGGGGAAGAGGAGGAGGUGGUGGAGGAGAAAGAGGAGGGAAGCAGAGAUGUAUGGGGAGCCAAGGAAAGCUGGGAUAGAGGCCUCUAAAAACUCAGUGGUGUCCGUCUUGGAAACUUGUGUCAGUAUGCUCCUUGAGCGACUUUAUUACCUCCAGGGUUGGUCCUGAGGCAGAGUAGACCAAUCAGAGAACUCUGGUACACCGGCCGCAGCUCCGUGCUCAAGCCUGCACUGAGCUCUGCUUUGUGUGUUGGACAGACAGGGACGAAACUGGACAGAGGAGGAGCCAGAGAGGGCGGAUGGGAAGGAAAGGGGAAGGCCCCUACCUGAGUUUACCUAAACCACAGCCCCCAGUGAUGGCAGAAGGUGGGUGGGGGAUGCAAAUUAGGUCUUUCCGAAUGGCCAAUCAGGAGUCAGGUGAGGGAAUUUGGGUCCCCCAAACCACCCUUGCCCAGCCUGUGAGCACGUGUGCGGUGUUCUGGGACCUUUGUCCCGCAACAUCACGCUUGGCGGGCACCUCCGGGUCCCUCAUUCUGGUCUGACCCGCCCGAUUCUCCCCGCUGCUCCACACCCCUUUGCAGAGCCUGUGUUCAUCUGCCCCCUCCCCCGGCCAUCCCUCUCCGCGCCGCGGCGCCCCAGGGAGUGUGCAGAGCUCUGCAACCGCAAGCCGUCCAAACUCGUGCGCCCGCCACGCUCCGCGCGGGUGCGGGCGGCGAAUCUGGGCUGGGACCGUACUGCUCCGCUGGUCCGGAGGCCGCCCUGCCUGCCGCCCCGCGCCUCCUGGCUCUUGGCGGACUGCGGGUCUGUCCCACGGGGCUCCAGCCGGGCCUGGAAACUCCUGCACUGUUCAGAGCUCAGCAAGUCGACUCAUCACCUAAUUCGCUGGGGAGCUGGAGCGCAGAGAGCCGGGGCGCUGCUGGCCGCUCCUCCCCACCCCAGCCCCGCCCGGGCUCUGGGAGUCAGAGUUCGCCCCCCCUCCGCCCCCCACCCCUGGCAGACAAAGGGCCUGGGCACAGUCGCCGCCUGGCCGCCGACGCUCCGGGGAGGCUGCUGCGUGCGCUGUGGAUCGCGCGGGAGGCGCGCGCAGUGGAGAUGGGCCCGGAGAUGCGCCUGACUCGCAUCUGCUGCUGCUGCUGCCUCCUCUACCAGCUAGGCUUCCUGUCGCAUGGGACCACCUCAGGGUUGCAGCUCACCCCGGAUCUCGAGGAAUGGGAAGUCGUGUUUCCUGCACUCUGGCGCCGGGAGUCGCUGAACGCCACGGGCCUCAGCGGGGGCAGCUCAGACCCGGGAUCCGGGCGCAGCUCUGGGGGCGGCGGCCGGGGGCAGGCUUCGGGCAGCUCGCGGGAGGUGCGCUCGGUGGCCCGAGCACCGCAGGAAGAAGCCACCAGAGGCCAAUCUGAGCCCUGGUUCGGGUCUCCCCUGGAGCCAGGUGCUGAGGACGAGGAGGAACUCGAAUCUCAGGAGCUGCCUCGGGGAUCCAGCGGAGAUACUGCCCUGUCCUCGGGAACCCCGGCCUCGUGGCAGCCUCCUCUGCCCCCGCAACGGCCCUCGUCCCCGCCCCCUGCCCAGCAAGAGGAACCCAGCGCGGAGGAGGUGCUGUUGCGGAUCCCGGCCCUCUCCCGGGACCUGUACCUGCUGCUCCGGAGAGAUGGCCGCUUCCUGGCGCAGCGCUUCGCAGUGGAGCAGUGGCCCAAACCAGGUCCCGAUCCCACCCGGGCAACGGCUGACCCUGGCUCUUCCUUGCUGCCAGAUGCCUCCUGCUUUUACACCGGGACAGUGCUGCGCCAUCCUGGCUCUCUGGCCUCUUUCAGCACCUGUGGAGGUGGCCUGAUGGGCUUUAUACAGCUCAAUGAGGACUUCCUAUUCAUUGAGCCAUUCAAUGAUACAAUGGCCAUCAUAGGUCACCCGCACCGUUUAUACAGGCAGAAGAGGUCCACAGAGGAAAAAGUAACAGAGAACUCAGCUGUUCACCGCCAUCACUGUGGUGUCAUUUCAGAUAAAGGAAGACCAAGGUCUAAAAAAAUAGCAGACAACAGACGAGAAAAACGGUAUUCCUACAAAUUAUCCCAGGAAUACAACAUCGAGACCGUAGUAGUUGCAGACCCUGCAAUGGUUUCCUACCACGGAGCAGAUGCAGCCAGGAGAUUCAUUCUGACAAUCCUAAAUAUGGUUUUUAACCUUUUCCAGCACAAGAGUCUGGGUGUGCAGGUCAACCUCCGUGUGCUAAAGCUCAUUCUCCUCCAUGAAACACCAGCAGAUCUGUAUAUUGGGCACCACGGAGAGAAAAUGCUGGAGAGUUUUUGUAAGUGGCAGCACGAAGAGUUUGGCCGGAGGAAUGAUGUGCAUUUGGAGAUGUCGACCAGCUGGGGAGAAGACAUUGCUGCGGUGGAUGCAGCUAUUCUUAUAACAAGGAAAGAUUUCUGUGUGCACAAAGAUGAGCCAUGUGACACUGUGGGUAUUGCUUACUUGAAUGGAAUGUGUAGUGAAAAGAGGAAGUGUAUUAUUGCUGAAGACAACGGCCUGAACCUUGCGUUUACAAUCGCUCAUGAAAUGGGUCACAACAUGGGCAUCAACCAUGACAAUGACCACCCAUCCUGUGCUGAUGGUCUUCAUAUCAUGUCUGGUGAAUGGAUCAAAGGACAAAAUCUUGGUGAUGUUUCAUGGUCCAGGUGCAGCAAGGAGGAUCUGGAAAGAUUUCUCAGGUCAAAGGCCAGUAGCUGCUUGUUGCAUACAGAUCCGCAGAGUCUCAGUUCGGUGCUGGUUCCCUCAAAAUUGCCAGGGAUGGCUUACACUGCAGACGAACAGUGCCAGAUCCUCUUUGGGCCUCUGGCUUCUUUUUGUCAAGAGAUGCAGCAUGUUAUCUGCACUGGUUUGUGGUGCAAAGUGGAGGGGGAAGCAGAGUGCAGGACCAAGCUGGACCCACCAAUGGAUGGGACUGACUGCGACCCUGGCAAGUGGUGUAAGGCUGGAGAAUGCACCCGCAGGACUCCUGCACCCGAGCACUUGGCUGGAGAGUGGAGCCCGUGGAGUUCCUGUAGUCGAAGUUGCAGUUCUGGGGUCAGCAGUCGAGAGCGCAAGUGUCCUGGGCUAGGUUCUGAAGCAAGGGAUUGUAAUGGCCCCAGAAAACAAUACAGAAUAUGUGAGAAUCCACCUUGUCCUGCAGGUUUGCCUGGAUUCAGAGACUGGCAAUGUCAGGCCUAUAGUGUUAGAACUUCGUACCCAAAGCAUGCACUUCAGUGGCAAGCUGUCUUCGAUGAAGAAAAACCAUGUGCCUUGUUUUGCUCUCCUGUUGGAAAAGAACAGCCUGUUCUUCUAUCAGAAAAAGUGAUGGAUGGAACUUCUUGUGGAUAUCAGGGACUAGAUAUAUGUGCAAAUGGCAGGUGCCAGAAAGCUGGUUGUGAUGGUUUACUGGGGUCUCUUGCCAGGGAAGAUCAUUGUGGUGUUUGUAACGGCAAUGGAAAGUCAUGCAAAGUCAUUAAAGGCGAUUUUAAUCACACCAGAGGGGCAGGUUAUGUAGAAGUUCUGGUGAUACCUGCUGGAGCGAGAAGAAUCAAAGUUGUGGAGGAAAAGCCGGCACAUAGCUUCUUAGCUCUUCGAGAUGCCAGUAAGCAGUCUAUAAACAGUGACUGGAAGAUAGAACAUUCUGGAGCAUUCAGUCUGGCUGGAACUACAGUACAUUACUUAAGACGAGGCCUGUGGGAGAAGAUCUCUGCCAAAGGUCCCACAACCACACCUUUGCAUCUCCUGGUACUCCUAUUUCAAGAUCAGAAUUACGGUCUUCACUAUGAAUAUACUGUUCCAUCAGACCCUCUUCCAGACAAUCAGAGUUCUAAGGAGCCGGGGCCCCUCUUCAUGUGGACACACGCAGGCUGGGGCGAUUGCAAUGCCACGUGUGGAGGAGGAGAGAGGAAGACAAUGGUGUCCUGCACAAAAAUCAUGAGCAAGAAUAUCAGCCUUGUGGACAACAAGAAAUGCAAGGACUUGACCAAACCAGAGCCACAGAUUCGAAAGUGCAAUGAACAACCUUGUCAAACAAGUCCCUGUGGAACUGUCACAACUCUCAGACAGACUGUCUGUCACCAACUUUAUAUCUCAGUGCGCUUCACAAGGUGGAUGAUGACAGAAUGGACCACGUGUUCACGAACCUGUGGAAAAGGAGUCCAGAGUAGACAAGUGGCCUGUACCCAGCAGCUGGAAAAUGGAACCCUGAUUAGAGCCUGGGAGAGGGACUGCCUAGGGCCAAAGCCCGCAACUGUGCAACGCUGUGAGGGUCAGGACUGCAUGACGGUGUGGGAGGCCGGAGUGUGGUCGGAGUGCUCAGUGAAGUGUGGCAAAGGUGUGCGGCAUCGCACCGUGAGGUGCACUAACCCGAGAAAAAAGUGCGUCCUCUCCACCAGACCCAGGGAGGCCGAGGACUGUGAGGAUUACUCCAAAUGCUACGUGUGGCGAGUAGGUGACUGGUCUAAGUGCUCCAUUACCUGUGGCAAAGGCAUGCAGUCUCGUGUUAUCCAGUGCAUGCAUAAGAUCACAGGAAGACACGGAAAUGAAUGCUUUUCUUCGGAGAAACCUGCAGCCUACAGGCCAUGUCACCUUCAGCCCUGUAAUGAGAAAAUUAAUGUAAAUACAAUAACAUCACCAAGACUGGCUGCCCUGACCUUCAAGUGCCUGGGAGACCAGUGGCCAGUGUACUGCAGAGUGAUCCGGGAGAAGAAUCUUUGCCAGGACAUGCGGUGGUACCAACGAUGCUGUGAGACUUGCAGGGACUUCUAUGCCCAAAAGCUACAGCAGAAGAGUUGACCUCUGACAGGCUGGCUGACUGGCUCAUAGCUUUUUUUUUUGCUAUUGCAUUAUUUAUAAACAUACACACUAGCAUGUUUUUCAGACCAAAUAUUAUCAGAUUACAUAUAAUUUAAUCAAAUUAAUUUAUUUGCCUGCCAGGCAUCUAAUGUGGUGUUUGUUUUGGACAUACAAACAUUUUGAUUUUAUACUAUGAGGCUUCAUAAAUAAUUUUAUAUGAAUGAGUAAGUUGGGUCUAGUAAACUAAUAAGAAAAAAAGAAAUGAUUUCUUUUCAUUGAGGGCUGUCUCUAAGGUGCUAUUUUUCUCUCCACCAAAACCAUUAAGUUAUCGAGUGUGUACACUACCUUAGCAUGAUAGCUUAGCUAUGUAUGCAGAAAAUGAUGUAUUUUCUUGUGUCCUGCUGCAGAAUCUGCCCAUUUUCUGUUAAUGGCAGGAGAUGUGUAAACAGAACAAACCUCACAGUCUUGAAGAGUUUGAGAGAAUGUAUUAUGAAUUUGAUUCAGAUUUUUAGAGGCGAGCAUAGGAGAUAUUCUACUGUAACGAUACCUUUAUAUUAAUAAUGGAAAAGUCAAGACAGAGACUUUGAUCCUGUUGGUGAACAUGCACUUGAACACAGCACUGUGAGCCUGAUGCACUGUAUCGAUGUACACUGAAUCACCAUUGCGCUGUUGGUGAAGGUGUAGAGAAGCUGUGACGGAAGUGGCAGCUCCCUAUAACACCUGUAUUAUUGUAACAUGCCAUUAGACUGGCUUUUAAAAGGUAUUUCAAACAGAGAAAACAUGGAUCCACCCAGAUCUUUCCAUCCCCUAGCAGUCUUAUGAAAGAGGAUCGUACUUCAACUCACAAUUCAUAUGAGCAAUGGUAGUAAAUAUUUUUUUUCCUUCUUUUCCCCUAGGAAAUAAGAAAAUGAGAUUCAGAUAAUAUUUUGAUAGUUUCAUUGUGUUUUUUUUCCUUUUAAAGAAAUAAAAUUAUAAUUCUCUGAAACAUUCAAAA